AUGACUCCAGCUGCAACAAGACUCGUCGAUAUGAGUGAUGAAACAAUCACUGAUAACGCAAUUGCUGUUAAUACCAACACGGUAAACAAUCCACGUCUUCAAUUUGUGUUAUCCAAACUUAUACAACAUCUUCAUGAUUUUGCCCGUGACACCAGAUUGACCACAGAAGAGUGGAUGACGGGUAUUCAAUUUCUAACCGAGUGUGGUGAUAUAACUACAGAUAUCCGCCUGGAGUUCAUUCUUCUCUCUGAUGUUCUUGGACUUUCGGUAUUAGUCGAUUCCAUUUCCCACCCUAAGCCACCUUCGGCUACUGCCGGUACUCUUCUUGGUCCAUUCCAUACACAUGAUGCUGAGGUUAAACAGCAAGGUGAAUCCAUUUCUUCUUCUGGAAAAGGAGAACCUGUGGUGAUUACUGGUUUCCUCACUGAUACUGAUGGGAAUCCAAUUCCAGAUGCCACGAUUGACCUUUGGCAUUGCGAUGCCCAUGGAAAAUACGAUACGCAGUAUUCGGAUCGUACCCAUCCAGACAUGCGUGGAAUCGUGCGUACCCGAUCAGAUGGUUCGUUUUUGAUUCGAGCCACUAAACCAGUACCUUAUCUGGUUCCUGAUGAUGGGCCUGUGGGGAAAUUGUUACACAAUGUCGGGAGACAUGCCAUGAGACCAGCUCAUAUCCAUUUUAUAAUUAAGAAACCAGGGUAUGAAACUUUGAUCACCGCUCUUUAUGGGAAAGGCGAUCCAUAUCAAUUUUCAGAUGCUGUGUUUGGAGUCAAAUCUCUGUUGUUGUUUGAAUUGGAAAGGUUGGGUUCCAGAGCAAAGGAGUUUGAUAUGAAUGAAGAGGAUUGGAUAUUGAGAUGGGACUUCAAGAUUAUUUCUGAGCAGGAAGGUCAACUGUUGAGGGUUGAAAGGAACAGAACGGCUAUUAAAGGAGUUGAGGGAGUGACAUUGAACGAAGAUGGAUUACCAGUUGCGGCUUUAGAUUAA